AUGUACUUUUCGCUCAUUUCAAUCAGGUACAUAUCUAUCUAUCUAUCUAUCUAUCUAUCUAUCUAUCUAUCUAUCUAUCUAUCUAUCAUAUUCUGUUCCCAUCUAUAUAAAAAAGCACUACAUCUAUCUAUCUAUCUAUCUAUCUAUCUAUCUAUCUAUCUUACACUGUUCAUUAUCUAUCUAUCUAUCUAUCUAUCUAUCUAUCUAUCUAUCUAUCUAUCUAUCUCAGUGUGGUUUCAUCUAUCUAUCUAUCUAGCUAGCUUAUAUUGUCCCUAUCUAUACAACCUUUCUUUCUCUUCUCCCUUUUCGUUUUUUCUCUCUUCGCUUUCUCUAUCUUUCUUCUCGUUACGUCUCUCUCUUUCUCCCUUUCUUUUCCUCUUACCUAUUUCUCUUUGUUCUCUCUCCUUCAUUUGCCACUCUCUUUCUCUCACUCGUUUUGUCAUUUUUUUCUCUUCCUUCUCUCUUCUCGCUUUGCCUCUUUCUUUCUUUCUUUCUUCCUUUCUUUGUCGUUCUCUCUCUAUCUCUUACCUCUCUCUUUCUCUUCUCCCACUCUCAUUUUUUCUCUCUGUAUCUCUCUCUCUCUCUUGCUCUUCGUUCUCUCGUUUUUGUUUUCUCUUUCUCUCUUUCCCAUCUCUAAUGCUACCUGUUUCUUUCUCUCAUUUUCUUCUCUUCUUCUUUUUUUAUCACUUUCUCGCUCUUUUCUUUCCUCUCAUUUUUCUUCUUUCUCUCUUUCAUUCUUUCUUUCUUAACAUUUUUUUUUCUCCUUCCCUGUCUUUUAUUCUUGCGUCUACCUUCUCCUCCUCCUCCUGCUCCUUCUUCUUCUUCUUCUUCUUCUUCUUCUUCUUCUUCACUCUCUCUCUUCCUCUCCUCCUCUGA